AUGGUAUACAUAAAUGAUUGGAAUGAAUAUCAACGAGCGGCGGAAGAACUCUAUCAAAGUUCUCCUAAAACAGCACGAUACGUAAUAAGUUGGCGACACACUCAAGGACAAUUGGUGUUGAAAGUUACGGAUGAUCGUACUUGUCUAAAAUAUAAGACGGAUCAAUCAUCCGAUCUUAAAAAAUUCGAACGGUUGAAUAAAUCCUUGUUGCUGAAAAUGCAAAAUCGACAGGAGACUAAUACAACUGGUGUGGAGGAUAGUAAUAGUUCUGUUCCUGGAACUUUAUCACAACCAUCAUCGUCUACCCCGGUGGCUACGACAUCUAAUGUCCAAACAACGUCGGUAACUACUACACCAUCCAUCACCUCUGUAAUGACAACUGCGACAUCAUUACUACCAGGGUCAAAUCCCGCACAUCAGACAACUACAAAAAAGAAAAAAGGAAAGAAAGGACGAUAG